CAAAACAAAAAAAAAUCAACCAGUACAUUCUAAUUUCAGGUUUCUUAGGCAAGGAAAGGCAAGCCUCUGUGAAGCGCAAUACUUCCUUUAUCUCUCCCAAAAGUUACCCCUUGCGAUUUAAAAUGCUAUCCUGCGUAAAAAAGACUGCGAGAACUACUUAGCUUCAGCUUUUCAUCAUAGGUAGGGAUUCAAUCGUCAAUCCACCAUGACCGACGUGGAGUCAGACGCAGUCUCUACUACCCGAACUAGAUGUUUCAGCACGAUUAAAGACAAAAUCACGAAAACACUCUCAGCUGCUGGUGGACGUCCAGCUAUCCCAGGAAUUAUCACCAACAACAAGAUCACUCUAAAGAACAUGGUCAUUUCCCUAGCAGUGCUGGGGCUCGAGGUUCUGCUUUACUCCGAGGUCUUUGACUGCCCCGUGAAGCAUCAUGAAAUCUAUGCUCUCUCCUGGUUGUGCGCCCCACCAGCGAUCAUUUUCUUUGUCAACCUGCUUAUCAUUGGAGACAUUUGGAAACUUUCCGACCGGUGUCUAGUACGCGACUAUUAUCAUUUUGGCUACUUUUGUGGCCACACUGUUCCCAGCAUCGUCAAAGCGAUGGCAGGAGCAUCUGUCUGGUUGAUCUUGGCAUUUUACAGAAAGGAUUAUUACGUCUGUGCAGAGGUAGGACCGGAUAUCCGAGAGAUAAACGAAACUGAUCCAGAGAAGCUUAAAGAAUACGACAUUGCAGUAGAGACCGCUGGUGCCGAAUCUCAAAUUUUCGCCUGGGCAAUAUUUUUGCUCAUGGUUUUCUUAACUUCUGUAAUGGUCAUCAGCAAGAAUUGUUGUCUGAAGGACCAAGACAUCCUAGACGACAUGCGCAUCUUUGAAGAACGCGAGGCAAAAUGGGCUAAGAAAACUUUUACUGAGUUCGCUAGGGGUUUGCACGAUGAAGAAAUAACAAAUGAGAACGAAACUGGUGGCCAGGAAAAGGAGAGAGAAGACGAGGUUAAGAUUACACUCUACCCCAACGGAAUUCCGGAAAAAUUUGGCGAAAGAAUGGUGACAGAAAUGUUCAAAGGUUAUAAGGAGAAAAAUCCAAAAUGGCAUUAUCGUGAUGCUUACGACCAGUUCAAAAAGCUCUAUCCUAGAGCUGCUAAUGGCCAUCCAGGAAAUAGAUGGAGCACAACACAUCUAUCAAAGCAAUUUGCGAAAAAAGCCUAUGCCGUGAACACUGAUGAAAACACCAAGCUGCCGGUCCACCAAACAAGAUAUGGUAGCACAAGUUUGGGAAAUGCAGAAGAUGGCAUUUACAACCAAUGAUGAAAUCACACAGGAACCCGCCGAAACGGACAGUCUCAUCGGAAACACUUCAUCUGAGCUAAAUUAACGGAGGUUUUUGUUAGAAAGAACAUUUUUUAACAUACCUUUGCA